AUUUUCCCUCACGAAAAAUCUCAAAACUCACACGGAUCCAAAAAUUCAGAUUCACCGGAUUCGCACGAAGAACAUCAUCGUCCUCCUCCUCCAAGAGGAGCUUUCAUUUUCAAAUCUAUAAUUCUCUCUCAGAUCAGGAUCAAACAUGGGUUUCCUUAUAACAACCCUAAUCUUCGUCGUCGUUGGGAUUAUUGCUGCUUUAUGCGCUAGAAUCUGCUGCAACAGAGGUCCCUCCACGAAUCUGCUACAUCUUACUUUGGUCAUUACUGCCACGGUCUGCUGUUGGAUGAUGUGGGCAAUUGUAUAUAUUGCACAGAUGAAUCCUCUGAUUGUCCCCAUCCUAAGCGAAACAGAGUAGAAUCCUCUCUCUACUCAGACAAGAAACCUCAAACUAGAAAAAGCAUACGCAAAGUCAGUCGACUAAUCCAAUCCUUGUGUAUCUUCAAUCUUUAAACAGUUUUCCUGUUUGUAAUUCUUAUCUUGGGCAUGUGAACAAAUCAAAACCUUUUGGCCUCUUUACUAUUUUGAGAUUUUCUUGUAUUCACUUCUCA